CCGACCGCUGUAACAGCCGAAGCGAGCGGAGCCGGGCGGAGCAGGUCAGCCAUGGCGACUAGGGUAGACGGGUAGACAAGGCUCGUUUGACUUGGAAAGACUUUCGCAGUUCUUAGGCACUGCGGAGUAGAGAGAGCCUCUUUUGACACAAGGACAGAGCGUAUCGUGCCAUGACCGUGGGGGCUCCGCAUGCUGCCGCAGGUGGUGCCCCUCGACUGGUGGCCGCUGACGAGGGACUGCCUGGCCUACGGCGUCACCGUGGCCUUCCUGAUCUGCAUCAUCCACGACGAGCGGGUCGAGUGGUACGAGGCCCUGACGCUCGUCCUCCUCUACAUAGUCUACAUCGCAGUCAUGUACUGGGACAAGUCCAUCCAGAGCUGUGCCCGAGGAGGUGUCGGCUCCACUGCGAGCAGGCGGCAGAGCGAGUCAUCCCCCACUGAGGCGGGUGAGGUGUUGCUGAGCGUCUCCUCUCCCCCGCCUCCUUCUGACGUCGCCGAGGAGGAGAAGCAGGCUCUCAACCCGGCGGCCGCGCUGCAGACCACGGUGGCGGUCGCGGGCGCGCCCGGGUCCACCGGGCCGGCGGCCAUGGGAGUGAGUGAGCAGAUCAACGGGUCCAUCAAGGCCAGCGAGGAGGCCAGACCCGCCCCGGAGGAAGGGGAGUGUAUCCAGCUGUUCUCCUGUCCGGACGGUGGCUGGUGGAGGCGCGUCGUGUGGGUGGUCACGUGGCCCAUCCACCUCGUGUUCCUCUUCACCAUACCCGACUGCGAGAAGCCCAAGUUCAAACGGCUCUUUCCGCUCACUUUCUUCAUGUGUAUAGUGUGGAUUGGCAGCCUAUCCUAUGUCGUGGCCUGGCUCAUCACCAUCAUAGGAGACACGCUCAAGAUUCCCGACUCGGUGAUGGGGAUCACGUUCCUUGCGGCGGGCACUAGCGUGCCCGAGGCUGUCUCCAGUGUCAUAGUCGCGAAACAAGGCCAUGGCUCGAUGGGCAUUAGCAAUUCUAUAGGCUCAAACACAUUCGACAUAUUACUGUGUUUGGGGCUGCCUUGGUUUAUCAAGGCUUCUUUCUUGCCCACUGCAAAGGGCCAUCACUAUGUUAACAUCAACUCUCGUGGACUGGAGUAUUCAGCAAUAUCACUUUUAUCGACACUGCUGCUCCUAUACGUCACCUUUUAUGCAAAUAAAUUCAAGCUGGACCGAAAAAUGGGACAGGCAUGCCUGGCCAUGUAUGUCGUCUUCCUCAUCUUAGCAACACUCAUUGAACUCAAUGUGUUCUUUGUAGUCAAUCUACCAACUUGUGGACGGUGAGAGUCCUCGUUCAACUUGCUGGGGGUAACUAGGAUAUGACAUUUACUUCCUGCGGUGAGAUUCCACUUGACACUUCACACAUGCUGCCGGUGUACUUCCCUGAGAUACAACGAAUGUGUGGUGACAACUACUGGAUAAUCCAAAAUGCUGCACAAGAUGGAUUUUGGAGGCAGUUGCAUUGCAGUAGUUUGUAAUGAAACAGCUGUAAAGUGAGUGAACUUUAAUGACUAAUGAGUUCCAAAUGCUUGGUGUUGUUUCACCAAAAUUCAACUUACGUGGAGAGAAUUGUGUUCAAACAUGCUACCAAAAGUGGAAAAAAUCUCUUAUCCAAAUCCAUAACUAUCUGAUGACACAUGUUGACACUUAAUUAUUCUACAAUUAAAAGUUAUUCGCACGUUUCAAGCAUUUGUAAGAAAUGGUUGAGCUUCAACUCUGGGUUUUUGUUAUGAGUGUAUGUGAUAUCCACUUUGAUUGAAUAUGUUGACUAUGGAGUAAUGUAUAUUGGAUUAAGUGAAAUGACAAUGUUUUCAGAUAUGCCUGUUACAUUUGGACUGUAGCCGAUGGGUACAACAAAACCAGUACAACAAAAUAACACUAAUUUGCUGUCGAAAAUGUGAAAUGUGGCAAAUAAAUUGAUUUAAGUUGGAGAGACUUCCUCAUAACAAGUCACUGUCAUAACUUUUUGUAAAUAGAUUGACAAUAACAAAAUGUAUAUUGACCCUGAACUUUUUUUUUUUUUAGCGUCUGUAAUUUUGAUAACUGAAGAACAUCAUGAAAGUGUAAAGUGCAAAAUGAAAAUAAGGAAGAAUACACAAAAUUAAUAAAACUGUUGUCCAUUUUA